AGAUGAUAAAUGGGCCCAAGUGGAGUCUGUGGAGGCAAAAAUGCAGGCAGAGAUUGAAAGACUGAAUUCUGCACUGCGUGCUCUUCAAGAAAAGCGCGAUUCUCUCCUGGAUCAGAACAAGCGUGUUAUUGAUGAGCUGGUCCGGGUUAAAAGCCAGAAAGGUGAACAAAAGGAGGAGAUUUUGAGGCUUAUGAAAGCUAACAGAAACCUUGAAGACCAAUGGGCAAAGGCUGAAAACGAUAAGCAGGCCCUAGUGGAGUCUGUGGAGGCAAAAAUGCAGGCAGAGACUGAAAGAUUGAAUUCUGUACUGCAUGAUCUUCAAGAAAAGCACGAUUCUCUCCUGGAUGACAACAAGAGCGUUGCUGCUGAGCUGGUCCAGGUCGAAAGCCAGAGAGAUGAACAAAAGGAGGAGAUUUUACAUCUUCUGAAUGCUAUCACAGAUCUUGAAGGCCAAUGGGCAAAGGCUGAAGAUGACAAACGGGCGCAAGUGGAGUCUCUGGAGGCAAAAAUGCAGGCAGAGAUUGAAAGACUGAACUCUGCACUCCGUGAUCUUCAAGAAAAGCAUGAUUCUCUCCUGGAUCAGAACAAGCGUGUUGCUGCUGAGCUGGUCCAGGUUGAAAGCCAGAGACAUGAACAAAAGGAGGAGAUUUUAAGGCUUAUGAAAGCUAACAGAAACCUUGAAGUCCAAUGGGCAAAGGCUGAAGAUGAUAAGCAGGCCUUAGUGGAGUCUGUGGAGGCAAAAAUGCAGGCAGAGACUGAAAGACUGAAUUCUGUACUGCAUGAUCUUCAGGAAAAGCACGAUUCUCUCCUGGAUGACAACAAGAGCAUUGCUGCUGAGCUGGUCCAGGUUCAAAGCCAGAGAGAUGAACAAAAGAAGGAGAUUUUAAAACAUGUAAAAGCUAUCACAGAUCUUGAGACCAACGGGCAAAGGCUGAAGAUGAUAAAUGGGCCCAAGUGGAGUCUGUGGAGGCAAAAAUGCAGGCAGAGAUUGAAAGACUGA